AUGAGCAGCCCGCGCUCCCGGCCCCGCUUCUCAGACGAUGAAGUCGGCAGAGCACGAGCCAACCCUCCGAACCGGGCAUCACCGCCGCCCCCGUACUACUCCGACCCAGACUCAGAAACCACCACCGCCACCGUAGCCACGCCUCGCGAAGACCAACCGCUCCUCCGCGACCCAGCCGCCGCCAUCGAGGCCGGCGAGUCAUGGAAGCCGCCACGAGGGUUUCUCUGGAUCGAGCUGGCUAUUAUGGCCAACGUCUUCCUCUACGGGUUUGAUGGGACCAUUACGGCGGCGACGUACGCCGUCAUCAGCUCCGAGUUUGACGCCGCGAACACGGCGAGCUGGCUGACGACGUCGUACCUCGUCACCAGCACCGCGUUCCAGCCGCUGUACGGGCGGUUUUCUGACAUUUUCGGGCGGAGGGUGUGUUUCUUUGUUAGUAGUAUCACGUUCGGGGUUGGCUGUCUUGGUUGCGGGCUGGCGGGCGACGUGGUGCUUCUCAACUGCAUGCGCGCUCUGACAGGGUUUGGAGGCGGUGGUCUUAUGACGAUGGCCACGAUUGUCAACUCGGACAUGAUUCCCUUCCGCAAGAGAGGCAUGUACCAGGCCCUCCAGAACGGCAUGUUCGGCUUCGGCGCCGUGGCUGGUGCUUCGUUUGGUGGCUCCAUUGCCGACCACAUCGGCUGGCGCUGGUGCUUCUUGCUGCAGGUGCCCGUCUCCAUCAUGGCACUUACUCUAGGGGCCCUGGUGAUCAAGAACCCCGAGGGCGGGUUCGAUAUUGACACCAACGACUGGAGGGCCAUAUGGUCGAGGGUGGACGUUUCUGGAGCACUGCUUCUGGUUGUAGCAAUCUCCGUGCAGCUCGUCGGCCUGAGCUUGGGCGGCAACGAGCUUCCGUGGGGUAGUCCCAUCGUCAUCGGCACGCUCGUGGGUAGUGUGCUUUUAUUGGCGUUGUUUGUGCUCGUCGAGGCGCGGACAAAGGCCAUUCCCGUCAUUCCACUGAGGAUGCUCCGGGGAAAGUUGCCCAUUUUUACGCAGAUUUCCAAUGUUUGCGCGGGACUCGCGGCGUAUGCGUACCUUUUCAUGCUUCCGCUCUUCUUCCAGGUAGUGUUGCUUGACUCGGCGACUAAAGCUGGCGCGAGACUGGCGAUCCCAUCACUUGCCACGCCUCUCGGGGGUCUAUUUGCGGGCAUUGUCAUGUCUCGCUGGGGCAAGCUCAUCUGGCUCGUCCGAGCUGGCGCAUUCCUGAUGCUGUUCGGCAAUUCACUCGUCACUGCCCUCCAAUUCAAGGACUCGCAGUGGAAGUAUCUCGUUUACAUCUUUCCAGCGAAUUUGGGUCAGGGUAUCAUCUACCCCGCGAUUCUCUUCACGACGCUGGCCUCGUUUGACCACGCCGACCACGCCGUUUCAGCUUCGACGGUGUAUCUCGUUCGCUCUCUGGGCACAGUAUGGGGCGUGGCGAUAACUUCUGCCAUCGUGCAGACAACGCUCAGUGUGCGACUACCCGAAGUCCUCGGCGACAUCCCCGAUAAGUCGAGACUCAUCGACGAGAUUCGGCAUUCCGUGACAGCCCUCAAGACCCUCCCUGCAGAGGUGCGCUUACCCGCUCGCCAUGUCUACUAUGAGGGCAUCCAGUAUGCCUUCGCCGCCUCUACUACGUUUGCCGGAAUCGCUCUCAUCGCUGCACUUUUCGCAAGCCCGCGCGGUCUGCGUAGCACUCACAAGUAG